GCUAAAAAGCUCCUCUGUCUCUCUCUCUCCUCUCUCUCUCUUUCCUCUCUCUCUCUCUCUCGAGUCUCAACCACCAUAUCAACCUUAUCGUGGAAAAUUCUGUAACCCAACAAAGAAAGCAAUAUUUCCCAGACUCUGUAUUCCUCUCUUGUGGGUCCUCCAGGUGCAUAUAAAUGGAAGGUAUUAUUGUUAGAAGGGUCAUUCCCUCAGACAAUAGUUGUCUUUUCAAUGCAGUUGGGUAUGUAAUGGACCAUGACAAACAAAAAGCUCCGGAGUUGAGACAGGUUAUAGCUGCAACAGUGGCUAGUGAUCCAGAGAAAUAUUCGGAAGCAUUUCUCGGGAAGACAAAUGAAGAGUAUUGUGCUUGGAUUCUAAACUCAGAGAAAUGGGGAGGUGCCAUUGAACUUUCAAUAUUAGCCGAACAUUAUGGACGUGAGAUCGCAGCUUACGAUAUCCAAACAGCACGAUGUUAUUUGUAUGGACAGGAAAUGAAGUAUUCAGAACGGGUCAUGCUGAUAUAUGAUGGACUUCAUUACGAUGCUUUAGCUAUGUCUCCUUUUGAGGGAGCUCCCGAGGAGUUUGAUCAAACUAUCUUCACCGUACAAACAGACAGAACUGUUGGGCCGGUUGAAGCGAUUACUCUUAAUUUUGUCAAGGAGCAACAGAGGAAAAGGAGAUUUACCGACACUGCCAACUUCACUUUGCGCUGCGGGGUAUGCCAAAUUGGAGUAAAGGGCCAGAAGGAGGCUGUCGAGCAUGCGCAGGCGACGGGCCAUGUCAACUUCCAGGAAUACAGAUGACAGAAACUGUGGACAAACGAAAAAAAACCAGAAUCAAGAGUGUAGAACAAUGACAUUGCAGUGAGACCUUGUUUCUGUUGGAAUUUAAUUAUUAAAUUUGUUGUA